GGCGGGCAAUCGAGCGCCGAAAGGCGGAAGGGUUCCGCUGCCAUCUUGCCCCGGGCGCAGCCCCUCCGGUACCGGGGAGCACGGGGGGCACCGAGGGGGGAGCGGAGAACCGGAGGGGCUUGGCUUGGCGACCAUGGAUCCGGGCGCGGGGGCACGGAAGGAGCGGCCGAAGCCGCGGGAGCCGGCGGCUCGUCUGGAGAAGGCCAAGCAGAGGUCGGCACAGCAGGAGCUGAAGCAGCGGCAGCGGGCGGAGAUCUAUGCCCUGAACCGGGUGAUGACGGAGCUGGAGCAGCAGCAGUUCGACUCCUUCUGCAAGCAGAUGCAGGGAUCCGGGGAAUGACAGCCCGGCCCCUGCCCUGCUCCCCCUUUUCUAACCCCCCCGGUAUUUAUUAUCAAAUCGCCCUUUUUGUAUCAAUAAACUCUGUGCUGGUU